GCUCACUGCUCUCAAGGAUGAAAAGGGGCAGGUUCCUAUGGAUCUCAGAGCGCCUUGCAGGCACCCCUCAAUGCUGGGACUUCAGACUGUGUUGCUAACACCUUCAGGGAACAUGAAUAUCCACCAUGGUGAGGCUGGCCCCUGCCCUGUCCUUGUGAUACGGGUCCAAACCCUCUGGUGUACAAGCUAUUGAUGGUUAUUACUAGCUGUUAUUAACCAAUUUUUCAUAGUGAGGCACGGAGCAGAUGGAGUGUCUCUCAGGGAAGGAGGGAAAAGCAGGUUUUGAUUUCCAUCCAUCCCAGAUCUGCCCUCCCCCAUCAUUCCCAGGGAGCUGCAGCAUGGAGAGGGAGGGCAAGUUGUUCAAGGAGGCCUUCUCCAGAGGUUCAGCUUUGCUGUCACUGCUGAGAGGCCAGCAAAUAUGCUGGCUGAUGUAUCAGGCAAGUGACUCACACACCCUUCUGCCCCACUGCCCUGUGACGGGUCUGUGCCCUGCAGAGUCCUAGGCGUGUUGAAGCCCAGCAUGGCUUGGUGGGUUUUUUUCUAGCAAGAUCCAUAGACCACCAGCUUCCAUUCAGUGGAAAGGUCCUGGAUGCCUCUUCCAACAACAGAGUGGGAUGAGGAGCAGAAGGAGGAGGAGAAGAAGGCACUGGCCCCUUCCCCUCCACAGCAGCCCCAGUGCCUGCCUUGUCUCGGCAGGAGGGACAGCACAGCCUCUCCUCCCAGUCUGCCCCUCUGGUGGGAGGGAGCGAGGUGUCCCUGCCAGCUCGCUAUCAGCCACUGUAACCAGGGAAAAGGGGAAGGCCAUGUCUUGGGACGUGGUGAUGAUAACCUGGGGGAUGCGCAGCCUGCAGCCCAGCACAAGCCUGCAGCCCAGCACAGCCUGUGGCAGCGCUGCUUGCAAUGGAGAGACAGCACCGUAGCUGUCUCCUCCUUCUCCUCCUCUGCCUGCUCCCACCAGCGGGCACCCUGGGCCCACCGCUGCUUCCAGAGGAAUCCCGGGAGCCGAUGCUGCUGCUGUCCAGCACCGCUGACCCCACUGCCCACCUGCUGCGUGGCCACCCCUCGGCCCCGGUGCGGCCCUACAGCCUCUCUCUGUCCCCCGAAGACUACCGCUACUCGCCCAAGCCUCGGCACCUGCGGCCCGGGCGGCUGCGCCGGCUGCUGGGCUUGGCCUUUGACUCCUUCUGGAUGGCGACCGAGGAACCGCAGCGCCGCAACGGCAGCAUCCUCCAGGAGAACUUGGAGUCCCUGAGCCGGGACCUGGCUGAGGGCGCCGGGCGCUACCGCCGCAAGCUGUGGAGGGAGGCAGAGGGGCUGGAGCUGCCCACCCUGCUGCCACCCAGCCCGGGGCUGCCCUCUGAACUGCCGGGGACCGUGGCCCGCCGCCUGCGGCAGUGGCUGGUGGAGCGGGCCACCUGCCGCCUCACUUCCACCUGGGUCAACCUGGGAGCUGUCUUCUGGCCCCGCUGGGUGCGCCACACCGCCUGCGAGAGCGGUGCCCCUGGCUGCUCCUGGCCCCCUGGCAUGACCUGCCGCCCCGCGCAGCUCACCCACAUCAAGCUGCUGGCCUGGCACUGCUGGGCUGCCCGGGCUCCCGGCCCGCCGCACUGCGCCUGGCGGCAGAUCCCCUACCCCGUCGUGGCCGCCUGCAAGUGCUCCUGCCGCUGAGGGGCCGCGGAGGUACCCCCUGGCGCCUGCUCUAGCGGACAAAUGGGCUGGACGGUCACUCCUGGGGCCGGGAACACGAGGGGAGAAGACCCUAGACGGAGAAAUAAACCUCCAAACCCGAAGCGGGAUCAGCUGUGGUCGUUGCUGUUUCUCGACGAAGCCUCAGGGCAGGGGACGCAGCUGCUUUGCCCCUCGGCUGCCGGCAGUGGAGAUGGCACCAGCGGGCCCCUUGCAGGGCGUUUACCUCUUGUGAGGAGCCUGAGAUGGGGAAACUGCGGCACCCAACGGCAGAUCCAGGCCUCAUUUGCACCAGUCCCGGGGAGCUCGGUCCCAGCUGGGGCAGCCCUGGCGGCUGCCGUGAGCAGCGCGGGAAGUAAGGGGCAGAGGGACGUUGGCAGCGAAGGGGUAGAGGAAGGUGGGUUGCAGCUCAGGGUGGAAAGGGUGGCGUUGGAAAGGGCUGGAGGGCAUCAGCAGGA